ACAGUGUUAGGUCAUUGCUUCUGCAAACACAGCCAGGGCUGCUCCUCUAUAAAAGGGGGAGAAAGCAGCUCCAGAGCCAUCACAGACCCGGAGGGGACGGUCUGUGACCACGACCACCGCAGCCCCUCCUCGGCACCCGACUUCCCACUCCAGCAUGAAACUUGUGCUCUCCGCUGUGCUGUCCCUAGGGAUAGCUGCUCUGUGUUUUGCUGCUCCCCCCAAGACAACCAUCAGAUGGUGCACAAUAUCCUCAGCAGAAGAGAAGAAAUGCAACAGCCUAAAGGACCACAUGCAACAGGAGAGAGUUACAUUGAGCUGUGUGCAGAAAGCAACGUACCUGGACUGCAUCAAAGCCAUCUCGAAUAACGAAGCAGAUGCCAUUAGCUUGGACGGUGGUCAAGUUUUCGAGGCAGGCCUUGCCCCCUAUAAGCUGAAGCCCAUUGCUGCUGAGGUCUACGAACGAAGUGGAGGCUCCACAACCAGCUACUACGCUGUGGCUGUUGUUAAGAAAGGAACAGACUUCACAGUAAAUGACUUGCGAGGCAAGACCUCCUGCCACACGGGCCUGGGCAGAUCCGCUGGCUGGAACAUCCCCAUCGGGACUCUCAUCCACCGUGGAGACAUCGAGUGGGAAGGCAUAGACUCAGGCUCAGUCGAGCAAGCGGUGGCCAAGUUUUUCUCUGCCAGCUGUGUGCCUGGUGCCACCACUGAACAAAAGCUGUGCCGUCAGUGCAAGGGGGACCCCAAAACCAAAUGCCUCCGCACAGCGCCUUAUUCUGGAUAUUCUGGAGCUUUUCAGUGUCUGAAAGAUGGAAAAGGAGAUGUGGCUUUUGUAAAACACACGACUGUUCGAGAAAAUGCCCCAGAGGAGAAGGAUGAGUAUGAGCUGCUGUGUCUGGAUGGCACCCGUCAGCCUGUGGACAGCUACAAAACCUGUCACUGGGCCAGAGUGGCUGCUCACGCUGUUGUGGCUCGGGAUGAUAGCAAGGUUGAUGACAUCUGGAGCUUUCUCUCAAAAGCACAGAGCAACUUUGGCGUGAGCACAACCAGCGACUUCCACCUCUUCGGGCCACCUGGCAAGAAGGACCCAGUCCUCAAGGACUUGCUUUUCAAAGACUCUGCUAUAAUGCUGAAGCGUGUCCCAGCACUGAUGGAUUCCCAGCUCUAUCUAGGCUUUGAGUAUUACAGUGCCAUCCAGAGCCUCCGGAAAGAUCAGUUGACUGUCAGCCCUAGAGAAAACAAGAUUCAGUGGUGUGCAGUAGGCAAGGAUGAGAAGAGCAAGUGUGACCGCUGGAGCGUGGUGAGCAACGGGGAGGUGGAGUGCACCGUGGCAGACAACACGAAGGACUGCAUUAUUAAGAUCAUGAAAGGUGAAGCGGAUGCCAUCAGCCUAGAUGGAGGUUUUGUCUACACUGCUGGCGUGUGUGGGUUGGUGCCAGUGAUGGGAGAAAGCUAUGAGGAUGACAGCCAGUGCAGCAAAGCAGAAGGACAACCAGCAUCAUACUUUGCUGUGGCUGUUGUGAAGAAAGCCGACAGUACCAUCACAUGGAACAAUCUGCAAGGCAAGAAGUCGUGCCACACUGCUGUUGGGAGAACUGCUGGCUGGAACAUCCCCAUGGGCUUGAUUCACAACAAAACCGGGAGCUGCAAUUUUGACGAUUACUUCAGUGAGGGCUGUGCUCCUGGUUCUCCUCCUAACUCCCGCCUCUGCCAGCUGUGCCAAGGUUCAGGGGAAAACCUGCUGGAGAAGUGCGUUGCCAGCAGCCACGAGAAAUACUAUGGAUAUACUGGAGCUUUCCGGUGUCUGGUUGAGCAGGGUGAUGUGGCCUUUAUUAAGCAUUCAACUGUUGGCGAAAACACUGAUGGCAAAAAUAAAGAUGAGUGGGCCAAAGGUCUGAAAAUGGAGGACUUUGAGUUGCUGUGCACUGAUGGGCGACGGGCAAAUGCCAUGGAUUACAAGACCUGCCACCUGGCCAAAGUUCCUACCCAUGCUGUGGUUGCACGCCCCGAGAAAGCAAGCAAAAUCCGUGAGCUGCUGGAGAGACAAGAGAAACUGUUUGGAUCACAUGGAACCGAGAAAGAGAGAUUCAUGAUGUUUCAGUCUCAAACCAAGGAUCUUCUGUUUAAAGACUUGACCAGGUGCCUGGUUAAACUUCACCAAGGAAUAACACACAAGGAGUUUCUCGGAGAUGAAUACUAUGCUUCAGUUGCUAGCCUCAAUACCUGCAACCCAUCAGAUCUCCUCCAGGUGUGCACCUUCCUUGAGGACAAGCCAGUGGCAGACUCCAAUCUGGCUAUUGCCAUUCAAGGCUAUUGCUGCCCAACAGAGAAAAUCUUUUCAAUCUUCAAGGUCCUUUCCAACCCCAGGCCAUUCUACGGUCCCAAGACUACAACUCCCAGGGGUCCCCGCGGCAGGGCAGUGUCCCAGCACCGGGAGCAGGGGCGGCGGCGCGGAAGCGGAGCGAGGCGGGCGGCCAUGGCGGGGGCGCUGGAGCCGUACCUGGACUCGCUGCGGCGGGAGCUGCAGGCGCCCGGCCCCGCCGCGCUCUCCGUGCUGCUGGCGCUGCUCCUCGUCGCCAUCACGCUCCUGCUCUGGAGGCUCGCGCAGGCCGGGAGGAGCGGCCGCAGGGCCGUGCUGCUGCUGGGGCUCUGCGACGCGGGGAAGACGCUGCUGUUCGCCAGGCUGCUGACAGGCAGGUACCGGGACACUCAGACGUCUAUAACCGACAGCUCUGCCGUCUACAGGGUCAGCAGCGACAAGAGCGCUAAUGUGACUUUAAUCGACCUCCCAGGCCACGAGAGCCUGCGGCUUCAGUUCUUGGAGAGGUUCAAGGCUGCAGCCAGAGCCAUUGUGUUUGUGGUGGACAGCGUAGCUUUCCAGCGGGAGGUGAAGGAUGUGGCGGAGUUCCUGUACCAGGUCCUGGUCGACAGCACAGUGCUCAAAAAUGCACCCGCGCUGCUGAUAGCUUGCAAUAAGCAAGAUGUCACAAUGGCAAAAUCAGCAAAACUUAUUCAACAGCAGCUGGAGAAAGAGCUCAACACCUUACGAGUGACCCGCUCUGCAGCCCCCACCAGUCUGGAUGGUUCCGCCGUAGGGGGCCCCGCUCAGCUGGGGAAGAAGGGCAAGGACUUUGACUUCUCCCAGCUGCCAAUGAGGGUGGAGUUUGUGGAGUGCAGCGCCCGUGGCAGCAAGGGAGAGGAAGGGGAUGCCGACUUCGAGGGCCUUGAGAAGUGGCUGGCCAAGAUCGCUUGAACAGAGAAGGGCAGGGCGGGAGGGAGAGAUGUGGGGAGGCUGGGUGGGUGGGACACUUGGAGAGUGAAAGGAAAGAGAUGGUUUGAGGCACUUAAAUCUCAUCUUUUAGAAGAUACUUCUGGAAGUUUCUUCUAGAAAGAGCUGGAAACAAGCAUUGCGGUGUCUUCCUCUGCUGCUUAUGGCCUUGGGAGUAACGUAAUAUCUGGUGUGAUUUCUCUGACUGUGUCCAUCACACUGCAACCUUUUUUUCCUCUCCCUUCUUCCUUCAUCUUUCUCUGGGAUGCUUACCCUAUGGGCUUUUGUGUUUCCUUGAAAUGUUUGGUCUUUUCAUUUGACAGCUGCCAGGCAAAUUAGGGACGAGAGCACUGCCAGGUGAGUCUUCUAGAGACUGGAAUCUUUGUCCCUUUCUGCCUCGGUUUAGCGUUGCAUCCCUGUUACUUCUGCUUGCUUACCUGCUGCCCUGGCAAAGUUUACAGACUCUCUGUUGGGCAGUUGCUAAGGCGAGUAAAAAAAGCUGUUUUCCUCUAUCUCCUACCUCCCCAUUCUUCCAGACUGGUGCAGUCCAGUUUCUGUGGGACUGGGGCGACUUAAUAAAUCCCAAAAGCAGGCUGGCUCAUUUACCUCUGUCACUGUGCACUGCUGGUGUCUGGCUGCGGUGCCUUUGUCUUUGGGUGAUUUCUUCUGUUGGAUGGUUCUUGGGAGUUUUUCUUUUAAAUGAGGGCUACGUCCUGAAAGCUUGUUUCACUUUCCUCUGACAGACGUGUAUGCAUGCUUUCCAUAUGACAGUUACAGAAGGGUCUUAGCUUCAAGCAAUGAGGAAGAUGCAUUUUUAGAUAGAUGCCUACAUUGUUGGUGAGAUCUGUCAUGCCAGAUUGUUUGUUGUGCAAUCCCCUGCCCGUCUCCUCCCUAGUGACUACAAUAAAGAGACUUUUUUGUGUUUGUAAUUAGCAGUUGCAGCGAAGUGAGAGAGAACGUUGGGCUGAUAGCACACUCGUGUGUGAGCGCGAUUCCUCCCUGCAAAAAGGUGCUUGGUGCAGAAGGAAAUGUGAUUUUUUUCCAGUGCUUGUUUGUGGUGGUUGAAGCCACAGGUGCUGCUGUAUGUGUGCUCUCAUUCAGAGAGCGCUUGUUGCUCUGGCUCUUGCAGUGGCUCGGCUGGCUAUUCGGAGGCUGGAAGUGAUGGUGGUGGUAUCUUAAUUCAGCAUGUGUUAGACCUGAACUUUCCAAAGGGCUUUUGCUCUCCUUCUUCCUUGCUCUUGCCAGGAGUGUUGGUUAUCAAAAGGGAAAUGUUGCAGCAGCAUUAGUGUUGGCCAGGUGGGAGAUGAGACCCUGGUGUCACGUUGGCUAUUCAGCUUCCCUUUCCUGAACAACAGCCUUAAAACCCAGGCAGUCACCCUGCCAAGCAGCUUUGUGCUCUGUUGGGGUGCUAGCUCAACAUGGCUCUUCUGUGAGGAUGAUUGCUCUCCAGGAUGCCCUACUGGAUUUGCAAGGUCCUAUUGCAUUGAAGCUUUUCCUCCAUUUUUCUUGUUUUCUCUUUUGUUUUAGGUAAGGAGGGACUGAAUGGUUCCUGAUGGACCUUUUCUGUCCUCUGCAGACAUCUCUGGUUUGAUGCUUCCUCAACUGAUCUGUUGUAUUCUUCUCCCUUCUUUCUGGGCAUCCUCUGCCUCCCUGUAGCAUUAUCAAGUGUUAGUAGCGAUGGGAAGAGCAAGAACAGCCUUUUCUGCAAAGACCUGUGCUUGCGAUGGAGCUGGGGCUGGCAUUUCUAGUCUUGUGAACCCGGUGUGUCUUCAUGGGCACCUGGCCCUUUCCUCUGCAGCUGGGAGUGCUUGGGAGCGGCCCUGAGCAAGGGGCUGUGCCCUCCUGUGUAGGGAAACUUCCAGGCUGGCUGGUGACUGCAAGGGAGAGCUGAGGUGAGGCUGAUCUCCAGAUCAAGCCAGGAGGUGUUGGGUCCGUAUGGGAGGUGGGGAGGGUUAUAUUUAUGAAGUACCUGCUAUUCUUCUAUUUGCAGCCAGACCAUUGCUGCAACUUGUUUUGCUUGAACUCUCUUUGCUGGAGCCCCUUCACAGGACACCUUAUUUCAGUCCAUAAUGCUGAAACAAGAAUAUUUCUGUCUUUGGGUGGUAACUCUGCAUAGACCCUUCUUCCAAAGCAGAGGCUGAGCACCAGCUUCUGGAAGGAUAAGGUAGUAUGAGGCCACAACUAGUUUUAAGUUAUUCUUUAAUAAAUAUAUUCCUUAAAUAAAAAGUGUUUGGCUAAA